AAAUUUCGUUCAUAUUUUAAUAUUCAUCGUUUACCAAGUUUAUCACUUCUCAAGGUAGGCGGAAAAGAAGUGACAAAACAAUAUGUUCCAUCUAUUAAAAUAGCACAUGGACCAGGAUCUAUAUUACCUCUAACUUGUGCUCACCAACAUCUUUUCUCAAUUGAUUAUCUUCAUGAAGGUGGCGCACAUCAUUGGUAUAUAAUUCCUAGUAGUGAACGAGAAAUUCUACAAAAUUUAAUUGAUAAACAAAAUUCCACAAGUUGUCUUGAUCAUGGACAAAUACUUAUUGAUCCAUUAAUGUUGGAUAAAUAUCAUAUUCGCUACUAUCGAAUCAUUCAACAACCAAAUGAAUUUGUUAUCUUAUCGGCUGGAACUAUCGCACAAAGUUUUACAGAAGAUAUUAGUUGGAGUGAAUCAAUUGAUUUUGCUUUACCAAGUUGGAUAAGAGAAGGUCAUGCAAAUAAUUCGAUGUCAUCAUGCCGAUGUAAUAUUUCUCGUUCACCUUUAUCAAAAACAGUCGAUAUUAGUUUGUUUCGAGAUGAACUUAUACAACGGUACAUAACAUCUUAUCUUCAUCCUAUCAUAGAAAAUCAAACAAUAUUAUCAACAGGUGAAAAUAGCGCAAACGUCACUUCAAUAUCAUCAUACAACAAUCAAAUCAGCUCCUCUAAUGGUAAACUUAUUUCUAAACUUUUCUCAUUUAUUAGCUAAAUAAAAUAAAAUUCAAUUAACAAACUACUAUCAACUGAAAUUUGGGUAGUUCCACCAGAAAUCUCCCACCAUUGCAAUGACCCUCUGCGAUCAGGCUGAAACUUCCAGCAUUUGGACCUCUCGUUAACUUAUUUAUAUGGUAAAAAAAUCAGCUUCCUAACUCAUUG